AACGGAAGCAGCCGCCUUGGAGAACAAGUCCCGUCUUCUAAGAGGCGCGAGUAGAUGAAGUGAAUCCGGCGAAGUUCAUUCAACUAUUCUGGAUUCGCCCAAGAAACUAUCAGUGGAAUAACAACUUCCUAGUUAUAUAUCUGAAGUGUGUGUAGUGUGAGUCUUCAGAAAAGUGCUGUACAAAUUAGAUUUUUGACUUCUAUUAAUAUUAUUUGACAUGGGGACAGUCAAUGAACUCUGCAUCUCCAGCCUUCACUCGUUCUUGUGUCCUGGCGUGGAGAUACUCCAGCAAGCUGCAGUGCCGGACGACCUUACUCCGGAGGAGCAGCAGGAGCUGGAGAACAUCCGCCGGCGCAAGCUGGAGCUGCUGGAGGACAUUCAGCGGCUGAAGGAUGAGAUAGCAGAGGUCACCAACGAGAUCGAGAACCUGGGUUCCACCGAGGAGAGGAAAACCAUGCAGAGGAACAAACAGGUGGCAAUGGGCCGCAAGAAAUUCAACAUGGACCCCAAAAAGGGAAUUCAGUUCCUCAUUGAGAAUGAUUUGCUGAAGAACACCAGCGAUGACAUCGCUCAGUUUCUUUGCAAGGGCGAGGGUCUAAACAAAACAGCCAUUGGGGAUUAUCUCGGGGAAAGAGAUGAGUUCAACAUACAGGUCCUCCACGCUUUUGUUGAACUUCAUGAAUUCACAGACCUCAACCUGGUGCAGGCCCUAAGACAGUUCCUGUGGAGCUUUCGGCUCCCGGGAGAAGCCCAGAAGAUCGACCGCAUGAUGGAGGCCUUCGCUCAGCGCUACUGCCAAUGCAACCCUGGCGUUUUCCAAUCCACAGACACCUGCUACAUCCUGUCGUUCGCCAUCAUCAUGCUCAACACCAGCCUCCACAACCCCAACGUGAAGGACAAGCCCACCGUCGAGCGCUUCAUCUCCAUGAACCGGGGGAUCAACGAGGGAGGAGACCUCCCCGAAGACCUGCUCAGGAAUCUUUACGACAGCAUCAAGAAUGAGCCGUUUAAAAUUCCAGAGGAUGACGGCAACGACCUCACGCAUACCUUCUUCAACCCGGACAGAGAAGGCUGGCUCCUAAAACUGGGAGGUAUGUACACCUGCUCUUCCCAAACAAACAAAAAAAAAAAACAACAACAACAAAAGACACGCUCCAUCUCUCAGCUCUCCGGUGCUUUUGGUGGUGCGCCAUUGUUGCUUUUUGUUCUCCUCCGACAUCCAGUUGGGGUCUUUUUUUCCGUGUCUGUGGUUAUUUCUGUUAUUUCAACUUUAGAUGUCUGUUGAGUCCGCUCGCCGCGCUGGUGUUUUUUUUUUUUAAUAUUUUGUGUCCUCUCAUUUUCUUUUUUAUCUCUGCGGGUGGUUGGCGUCCACCCUUGUGGGCUCCUCUGGCUUUAUGACCUCUCCCGCUGAGGUCUUCUGAUGGUUACUAUCUUUUCAUGUGGACUUUUGUUGCAUCUAAAAGCUGCAUUAUACCCUUUCCUCCAUCCGCCGCGGCAGCCACAUAAAGACGUUGGUACGCGCCGGUUGGCUCUCUUGUCUAUCGAACGGGCAUACUGCAGCUUUUCAACUUCAUGGCUCUUCUCUUUUCUAUUCGGUGGAUCAGAGGCAUUGUGUGCUAUACUCGAGUGGCGAAAGCGGUGCGGGCAGCAAAGUGUUUGAAAGGGCCUCUAUAUGUAAUUCAAUUGAAUAUUAUUUGGCGUUUUUAUAGCGGAACCCCUAUACGAUCUAAUUUGGGAUCAUUUGUCCCGGAGUCCAAACUGUCUCCAUCGUAAAACCUUUGCAGUCACAAUAUUUCCUCUGCACUGAUCAAAAGACCCCCAAACCAACACAAAAUGGAGGUCAAAGCUCGCCUGCCUCGCAUCCCCUUCCCUCCACUCUAGCAUCCACCCGCCGAUUCAAUUCGAGGGUCCUCAAGCCACACUCAGCUUUGUGUUCGUUCGUCUAUGCCACCCUGCUUGUUUUUGGUCAAGAUGACGUUCCGGGGGAGGGGGCUACACGUGUCUGUUGUUCAGGGGUGGGCAAGGUUUGCCCUUGACUUCCUACGUACUUUGCCCACUCCUGUGUAGAUGAUUUGCAGAUGUUUAACCUAUCAUGAUGCUUUGGAAUAUGAUGGGAUGUCAUAUACAGCUUGAAUGCCUGCAUAUGAUCAUAAAAAGGGUGCCUAAAUGUGCGGGAACUAUAACCCUCUUUUUCCUCUCUCGCAGUGUAGACGUAUGUCGACUAACACGGUGGUGGGCUCACGUAGUCUAGAUUUCAUUUGUAGUUAACCAAGAAGCCCCCCCACACCACCCCCCACCCGCCCCAACAGGAAUUUUGAGGCUUCAGAGUAGCAAAACGUAGCGGCAGGCUCCCAACCCUCAUUGGCAUUCUCCUCGUAGCAAAACGGGAGGCUGCCAUCUGCCUGUGCGGAUCAGGUUACCGCCCCCCGCCCCGCACAGGAAACGAGCCCGCCGUGUUGAAGGUGAGAGGUCGAGUGGGGUCAGUGACGCCCGAGUUAAUGAAAGCUCCCACCCGGGCGUGAAAGUCGCCGAGAGGCCUUGUAACGAGAGACCUGAUGAUUAAAAGCUUCAGAUGUCGUUUUUCACUCUGAUUUUCAAUGUCAGUCAAACAGUUGUCAUUCUUUUUAACUCUGGUUCCACUUUAUCAUUUUGUAAUGGAGUUGAGUAAACAACCCCAGCUGGCGUCUUAUAUGCAAAUCCAGCAUUUGUAUGCAAGUGGAGUAGUCCCCAUACUGAGUCUUGGUGAGAUGUAUUAUGUUUCCUGGGCCAGCAGAAAGUUUUCAGUGACCUCAUAAAAGGCGGGAGUCUCAUCUGUAAGCGACGUUCCUUUCUACCUGUGGUGGUGGUGGUGGAGAGUGCAUGGUAGGACCAGCUGCACCGCUUUGUGAGCGGGGGAGUUGUCAGCAGCUUCCAUCUGUCUUGUCUUUUCACGUCUGUCCGCCUGCGUGUUGCUAAAGUCGGCGCUUUGUCCUUUUUUUUUUUGUCCUCUCUUUCUGCUCUCUACCACUGAGCCACUCUGAUUGCUCUGAUUUGCUACACAGGAGGCCGAGUAAAAACCUGGAAGAGGAGAUGGUUCAUCUUAACCGACAACUGCCUCUACUACUUUGAGUACAC